GCCUUAUCUAUCUGCGUAAAGGUUGUACUAUCUGCAUAUUCCAAAGUGCAAUUAUUGGCAACGUAACUUUAACUUCAAAUGGAAUCAGUGUUUUUAUUUGGAUUCCUGUUGACAUCCUCGUUUUGGUUUGUUAAUGGAGCCGGAAGCGGAUGUCAAGAUAUAGAUCACGACGCAUGCGUACUAAUGGCCAAGCAAAAUUCAAAUAUUUGCUCCGACAAGGUACUUUCGCAAUCAGCUUGUCCAAAAUAUUGCAACAUGUGUCCUGUAACAUGCUACAACUGUAACACAACAACCUCUGACGUCAGCAAUUGCAAUACAGUCACGUGUGCGACAGGCGAGAUGUGUUUGCGGACGACAGUGAUUGGGUCAGGGAUAACUCACAAAUACAAAUUGUCAUGUUCCGGGGCACCGAUUUGUUCCGUUUUCCGAAAGAGGAAUCAAAACUCCCCGAAUGCCAUCGAAUUAAAAUCACGCGGUGUUUCGGUAGAUCAUCAUUGUUGUGAUACUGACUUAUGCAAUACUCCUCUUCAACCAACGUCUACCACUCGUCAAACCACGCCUACUACAACUUACCGUCCCACAACAAGGCCUCAUGUCUAUCAUACAACUACAACCUCGUAUUGCAGUCGAGACAUCAUUAUCAUGAUCGAGGAUAGCUCAGAUCUAUAUUUGUACUACAGCACUAUAAAAGGCACACUGCAUGAAAUCCUCCAGAAUAUUGAUAUUGGACCGGAUAGAACAAGGGUCGCUUUAGGAACGUUCGGUUUACAGCAGGGAACCAAACUCUGGGACUUGGAUAGAUACACGACGAAACAAGAUGUCCUGUCGGCUGUGCAGAACAUCAGGUUUCAACAUUACCAAUCUAACGCAAAUAAUCUUGUGGCAGUCCAGUACGUUCUCGACCACUUUCGUCAAGGCAAUAGGGCGCACGUGCCUGAUGACGUCAUUAUCAUCAGUGAAGCACACGCUCUAAAUAUUUUCAAUCAUCAUCAGGAGGACGUUGCUAUAAACCAACUGCAUCAAAUGAGUCGUAAUGUGAUCGCGGUUGGUUUGGGAUCAGUCAAUCAAAAUGAAAUGAAUUGGGUGGCCACUGAUAGGAACCAUUUCUAUCUCAUUGAGAACAUAUUCCACUUCAAUUUUCAGAGUUUUGUUUAUACAGUUACUAAUUUGAUUCAUUGUAAUUAGUAAAUUAUAAUGUUGUUCGUUCUCUAGUAAGUAAAAUUCGGUCAAUUUCCUCACUUUUCCUUACAUUCCGUGAUACAUAAUCAUCAAGAAGAAAUCGCCAAUAUGACUAUAAGCUAUUCGAAUCUUGUGAACUGAUUGCUUUUUAAAGAAAUACUACGUGUGAAUAUCCACGAAAUAGGCCGGGCUUUACUGACUGUAAAUGAAUGCAAUAUAUUUGGAAAUAAAUGGAUUUAAAGUGUG